AUGGGACACCGUCUGAAUUUUCAUCUUCAUUUCCAGCAUCAGCAUCAGGAAGUGCCAAAGGGAUGUUUAGCCGUGAAGGUGGGUCAUGAAGGUGAAGAACAACACAAGUUUGUGAUUCCAGUUAUGUACAUAAAUCAUCCACUUUUCAUGGAGUUGUUGAAAGAAGCUGAGGAAGAGUUUGGAUUUGAUCAGAAAGGCCCCAUUACCAUUCCUUGCCAUGUUGAGGAGUUUCGUAAUGUUCAGGGUAUCAUUGAUAAUCACUACUCAAUUCAUCAUAUUGGGUGCUUUCAUUAG